AUGCCGUCGUUCGUCGUAGCCUUGACACUAGUUGUCCUACCACUCCUCGCCAAUUCCCAAAAUAUUCCCCCAACUCUCAGCAUCAUUGAUCUGAGCCAACAACUCAACCCGAACCCAGAUCUCAUACCCUUGCCUGUGGUCAUAAACCCUAUCGAAGUUACCACCACUAGCUCCACAUCGUCUACAACAAGCACCACGUCCACUACGGAUACUUCAAUCACUAGCAGUAGCAGCACAUUGACGUCAAUAACUACCAAUAGUAUAACGUUCAUUACACCAAUUACAUACACUCCCCCAACAACAUCCACUACAAGCAGAAUAACGUUUAUUACACCAAUUACUUAUACCGAACCACCAGCCUCGACCAGCACCACCGUCCAACCUCCAGUUCGAAACUCCACCAUGGCUACGAGAGAGAGAACCAGUAUGGUGCCUGUGGGGCCAACUACUACUAUGCCUGUGACGCCGGUUCAAACAGGUGGUGUGGACGGAAAGACAAAGAAUAGUGUUGAGAUGAUCGUAGUUUUGUUAGGUGCUGCUGCCGGAUUUUUUGUCUUCGCGUAG